CACUCGACAACGAAAAAAAUUGAUAACAGUUUUUAGAGACAUUAUGCAGAUUUUUGUGAAAACACUUACUGGAAAAACGAUUACGCUUGAAGUUGAGUCAUCAGAUACGAUUGACAACGUUAAAAGCAAGAUCCAAGACAAAGAAGGAAUCCCACCGGAUCAGCAACGUUUAAUAUUUGCCGGAAAACAGUUGGAAGACGGGAGAACUUUAUCUGAUUAUAAUAUUCAGAAAGAAUCCACAUUACAUCUAGUUCUUCGUCUUCGUGGAGGAAUGCAGAUUUUCGUUAAGACGCUCACAGGAAAAACGAUUACGCUCGAAGUUGAGUCGUCAGAUACGAUUGAUAAUGUCAAGAGCAAGAUCCAAGACAAAGAAGGAAUCCCACCGGAUCAGCAACGUUUAAUAUUUGCUGGAAAACAGUUGGAAGAUGGAAGAACUUUAUCUGAUUAUAAUAUUCAGAAGGAAUCCACAUUACAUUUAGUUCUUCGUCUUCGCGGAGGUGUUUAA